AUGUCCGACGCAAAGAACAUGGCGCAAAGCCAGAGCUACGCCGCCGACUCGAUUGACUCGAUUCAGCGGGCAUCCUCUGCUCAGCAGAAGGACACUCCGGUUGCCGUGGUGAGCUCGGCCGCCGAAGACGAUACCUCGGUGGUGCCGGCGGAUAAGGUGGACGAACGCAAGAAUGGAUUCCUGGCUUAUUUCAAAACCAAGGAGUUUUAUAUCACCUUGGCUCUUGGACAGCUGCUUGCAAUUGCCAACACCUCCACGAGCACGUUCACGACUCUGCUGGGAGAGGAAGGCUGGGCGAUUCCCACAUUCCAAACCUUGCUCAACUACAUCGUCCUCACGUGCAUCUUUACGCCCUAUACGAUAUACCGUUAUGGAUUCAAGGGCUGGCUCCGUGUAAUCUAUACUGACGGCUGGAAAUAUAUCAUUCUCGCAUUCUGUGAUGUCGAGGGCAACUUCUUCAUCGUCUUGGCCUAUCAGUACACGACCAUGCUGAGUGCGCAGCUCAUCAAUUUCUGGGCCAUCGUCGUGGUCGUGGUUCUCUCCUUCCUGUUCCUCAAGGUCCGCUACCACAUUACCCAGAUUGCUGGCAUCGUCAUCUGCAUCGGUGGAAUGGGUGUGUUGAUCGCCUCGGACCACAUUACCGGUACCAACGGCGGCAACGUCUCGAGUGGUCACCAGCUGAAGGGAGAUCUUUUUGCCCUUCUGGGUGCUUCCUUCUACGGCCUGACCAACACCGCCGAAGAGUACUUUGUCAGCAAGAAGCCCGUCUAUGAGGUCCUCGGCCAGCUGUCGCUCUACGGCUGCAUCAUUGACGGUGUGCAAAGCGCCAUCUUUGAACGCAGCAACUACCACACGUCUGUCUGGGAUGGCAAAGUGGGCGGCUACCUCACGGGCUUUACGCUCUGUCUCUCCCUGUUCUACUGCCUGGCCCCACUCAUGUUCCGACUGUCGUCGGCCGCUUUCUUCAACAUUUCUCUGCUCACCAUGAAUUUCUGGGGUGUCUGCAUUGGUAUCAAGGUCUUCCACUACAAGAUCCACUGGAUGUACCCGAUUGCAUUUGUCCUGAUCAUUGUCGGUCAGCUGAUCUAUUACCUGGGUCGGAAAGCCCUGGCCGAGGCUCGCAAGCCCUGGCUGGGUCGGAACCAGGAGAACGGCGUGACGGGCUUGUUCACCGCGAAGCAGAAGAUCCAGCAUGUCGUGCCCGCCGGUGCUGACCCCCACGAGCACGACCCCGAGCGUCCUCCUGCGGCCAAUACCAGCGCUGCCUAG